UUCAAAUCUUAUGCUCCACAGUCAAGUGCACUAGCUACCAGGCUCAGAAGCUGCUCAGAGAAGUAAACGCAAAGAAACAGGGACUCUGUUGGUCUCUUGCGCGAGCUCUGGUACCUGCUGGAUCACGUGACAUGAAUCAGCAGUCCAUUAAGAAUGUAAUUAUGUGAGGCGUAGUGGAUAGCUGAAGCUGCUCAGAGGCUCUCCGUGUGGCUGAAUAAAAUGAAGCUGGCGCUCUGAGGCUGGCACGAGACAGAUUUCACUGGGGAUAACAAGCAGAACAGGCGGUUUCCCUCACCGACCGAAGAAGCGUGGUCGGGUCAAAGAAAACAUUUAACUGGACAUAACAUUUAUACUUGUACCCGUUGGCAUUCACCUAGACAACAAGAGCACCGUUUAUGCAGACCGUAUAACAUUUUUUUAAAAUUUCCGGACCGACAAGUUCUAUCGUAAUUUCGGGCAAAGCAAUAAACAACUUUCCAAGGCAGAGUGCUUGGUGCAACGGAUAUCGUGUAGAGAAAACUGGCGUGGAAACUGCCCAGCAAUUCCUACCCGAAAGCCCUAAUCGAUGGAACAUUACGUGGUUCAAAACUGACAGACGGAAUAGAACAUGAUGCAGAAAUGUAAAAGUGAAGGGAGAAGGGGAGAAGAGAAGGGUGUCGGUCUAAACAGGAAAGAGAAUUAAGAACGGAGAAAAAUAGAAACCGGCAGAAGGUGAGGUAAGGCGUUUUCUACGCGCCUGGGGACAUCACUCUCAUUACACGUGGAUGAACAGGCCUUAAUUACCUGUCCUUGCCCAGAAAUUUGCCGAUAAAUAAUUUAUUGCCGCCGGGCGCCAAUCUUGCACGCCCCGCACGUUCGUCUGUUUGCAGGUCUCGCGCGGAGGAAUAACUGAUCCGUUCUUGAUGCCCUGCUUACAGGCACUCAAGAGUUAUGGUGACGGGGGGUGAUGGUGAGUGGGGGGAGAGGUCCGGUGGAGGGUCGGACGUGUUGUUUGUGAAUGCAGUGCCCCAAGCCGCAGUGCACUAGCGGCUAUGUGUUUUGGUCGCUGUUCGUGGCAAAGAAAGAAAGAGUUGAGUUUGGAGAAGCGUUGUUGGUAAGCCUGUCAAAAAAGAACGAAACAAAAAAAUCAAAUGAGUUCUGAGGAGUGGCAGCCUAGACCCAAGAAACUUGUUUGCAGUUAGCUACCUUCUUGUCUGGGUUGUGACAUUUGUGAGAGUCAGUUUUCUGCGGUGCAGUACUGAAAAUGUUUUCGCCUUCUCGUCAGUGAUGACGAUGGGGACGAGGAAGACGACGACAACGAUAACAUUCACGUAUCAGAAGGAGUGGCGAGUUUGCCUAGGUAUGUCUUCCCUCGCACCGUCCCCGCGACCGUCACAGGCCUACAUGACGUCAGCGUGGCCUUUGUGGCUGGUUGUGAUCGCGCUGCUGGUCACGUGUGAGUUGGGUCACGGUCAGCACAGUUUCCAGAGCGACUCUUCGGUCUGCAGCUCCACCUUCAACGUGUGGAAGCCCGAGCAGGAUGUCCUGCGGCGUCUGGAGGUCACACAACUGCAGAUCCAGAACUUGUCUUCGUUCUGUCAGGCCUUGGCCGCCAGGUCAGAGUUCAGGGCACUGGAGCAGCUGCAGGAGGUGCACAACCUGAGCUGGCGGCUGGAGCGCGAGGUGCUGGGAAUGCAGGUCACGCAGGUCAACGGUCAACUACAGGCCACAAAAAUGGCGGCGGAGGUCACCAACCUGCGGCGGGAACUGGACAACUCCAACCGCCGCUUGGACGACCUGGAGCUGGACCUGUACAUGCUGCGAACGCGCAUGCGCGACGGGGCGCCCAGAUAUGAACGGGAGCAGAUCGGCAGUGACAUGGUGUCGUUGCUGAAGACUAGUGUCGGCGACCUGAAGGCCGAAUGGCUGCUCAUGAAACGCGAGAUCGAGGCUCUCAAGUCCGACACGAGCCGUCUGUCCAGGCAGCAGGAGGACAAGACUAACAGCAGCAGUCAGUUCCAGGAGGAGGUACGGCGGUGUGCGGCUGACUUGCAGGGCCUCAACAAACGCUCGCUGCGUGGCGAGGACCUCUUGCUCAAGCUGGAGGGCAGGGUCUCCAAAGUCAUGACUGACUUUGAGGAGAUGAAGGACUCUUUGCUUGACUUGAAGAUGGAAACAGAAGAACAAAGGGGUGAACUAACAACGGUGACAGCUGGAAAUAUUCGCCUGCAGAAGAUCCUGCACGAGCUGCAGCUGGAGUCCAAUCGGCUGCGGGAACGGCAGGACGUCAUAACCGGAAAUGCUAUUAGCGGAGGGAGGAAGCAGGAAGGUCACGGGGAGAGCCAGACCGACUUGGUGAUACAAAGUUCUGUCGGCGAAGACUUCAUUGCCAGAGACUGCCACGAGCUUUACCAGAUCGGACGGCGCACCAGCAGCGUCUAUUACAUCCAGCCCAAGGGUGCUCCCUACCUGACGCCCGUCUACUGCCUGAUGCUCAACGGUACUGGUUACACGGUAAUCCAGCGACGCCUUGACGGCCUGCUUAACUUCAACCGCCGGUGGCUUGAAUACCAGCACGGCUUCGGCAACCCCUACAGCGAGUUCUGGCUGGGCAACGACUUCCUGCACUUGCUCACCAACCAGAAGCAUUACAUUCUCCGUGUAGAUCUUCUUGACUGGGAAGGGAAAAGGUCAGUACUGGAGAAGGUGGAUUGUCUCCCGCAAAGCGACGGUCAGUUCUGGGCGGAGUACUCGCAGUUCUCCGUGGCCGACGCCAGCGACAGCUACCGCCUAGCUGUCAGCGGCUUCUCUGGCGACGCCGGCGACUCGUUGGGCUACCACGACAGCAUGGCUUUCUCCACCGAGGACGUGGACAACGACUUGCACACGCGGCACUGCGCAGCCGAGAACCAGGGCGGCUGGUGGUUUAACUCCUGCUUCUCCAGCAACCUCAACGGCGUGUACCACCGAGGCUGGUACUCAAAGGCCUCCUCCAGCUACUCCGAUGGCGUCGUGUGGUUCACACUCAAGAACUCCGAGUUCUAUUCUCUGAGAGGAGCGCAGAUGAUGUUAAAACCCAAGACGCCCUAAUAUCGUCAACGUGCCGGUACACAAAGGUCAUCGCUACACCCGUCUUCUUGUAACUGGUUCUUUUUCUUCCCAUCCCAUCCUCUACCACAGCCCGCUCACGAAACGUUGUGCUUGAAAAAACCAAGUUACCGAUCGAAGAACUAUGAUAAUGACAUUAUUUCACUUCCUUGAUUGGUUUCCUUCUUGUCUUUUAUUAUUCGUACUUAUUUCAUUAUUUCCGUUCUUCUCUGUGAAUAUUUGUAGCUGCAAAAUCCAAUUUCUAUAACCAGUUUUAUAAGUGUAGCAGUGUUUUCAUUAUCUUAUUUCUCUUUCUUAUCAUCGUCGUCCUUAGAUAUUGCGCUGCAGGGGCACGAUGCAUUGCUUUGUGAGAACAAGCAGCGCAGUCAAUCGAAGAGGGAUAUAUAGGCUUACAGUUGCCUCCUGGUCGGAGGUCACUGGUUGUUCUUGGACGUGUACAUCGCUUAGACAAGAAACAUUUCAGCUCGUAUUUUAUCUGCCUCUUGAACAUUUUUUUAUCGCGAUUAUACCAGGAGUGAUCUGCUCCUGAAUGAAAAUAAGGAAAUAAGAUUGACCAACAAGUAAACAAUAAAUUAAAGAGUGGAAAUGAACAAAGAAAAUAUUUGAUGGUCACUAGAUGGCCUUUAUCGUUCAUUUUCUUCUCUUGCGAAUCUGCUAAUAUCCCUUUCCCCUUUCCUGUCCGACUUGGUGGACGAGGGGAGAUAGCAUAGUUUGUCUUCUUUGUGUCCUAGCAAGGAUCCUUUCUCUCAUGCAAAAAUCAGUGUAAUAUUUUGGGGCCAGGGUCUGCUAGACAUGCGAUCCCCAUAUAUGGGAUCGUAGCAGAAAGUGGACUUAACUGGAAUAAAUCCACAUGAAAAAUAUCCAUAACCGAUUGACAAUUUAAUCCGAAGAGGUGUUUAUAAGCUGAUUAUUACUUAGAAUGUAUGUCUAGUCUGUUUUAUCUUGCUGUUAUUAUCUAGUAAGUGAAAAAAAGUGUCCAACUUGUAAACUGGAUGUACAUUUGGGUAGAGUUCCACCCAGCAUCUGCUAUUUUUUGUGAGCAGAGAUUGAAAUAAUGUCUACUUCAGAAGUAUGCAUUGUCUUCAGAACUCAAAUGAUGUGUCCUUCUCUGAUAUGCUUGAGCUUUAAUAUGUGGAAAGGUGAAGCACAGAGAGGCAAUACUUAUCUAAGCUAAAUGUUUCAUAUUUGUGUUGAAUUUAGACUUUACUAAAAAAAAAAUAAUAAUAAAAAUAAAGCAUGUGCUGUAAAAUGCACACAUGACCUUAA